GGUUUAGGAAAAGACUUGAUGUGCUUCUGAAACAAACUGCAAGGAGUCAUCUUAAAACACACUCCUGCAUUUGCCACAAUGCAAUCAUCUGGUGAAUUUGCAUCUGCUUCUUGGGAGCUCGUCAUCCAAGUGGACAUUCCAAAUGAAGAGAGGCAGGAAAAAGUGAAGCUGACAGUGUCCGGAGACCUCCAUAUUGGGGGAGUGAUGCUCAAGUUAGUAGAACAGAUCAAUAUAGCCCAAGACUGGUCAGAUUUUGCUCUCUGGUGGGAACAGAAGCACUGUUGGCUUCUAAAAACUCACUGGACUCUGGACAAAUGUGGCGUCCAGGCAGAUGCAAAACUUCUCUUCACCCCUCAGCAUAAACUGCUUCGCCUCCGCCUGCCAAAUGUGAAGACAGUGAGAUUGCGAGUCAGCUUCUCAGCUGUGGUUUUUAAAGCUGUCAGCGAUAUCUGCAGAACCCUCAAUAUCAGACGAUCAGAAGAACUUUCUUUGCUAAAGCCUUCUGGUGACUAUUUUAAAAAGAAGAAAAAAAAAGAGAAAAAUAAUAAAGAGCCCAUAAUGGAAGAUGUUUUGAACCUGGAGACUUCUUCAACAAUUUCAGGUUCACCAGUAAGUCCUGGCUUGUACAGUAAAACCAUGAUUCCCACAUAUGACCCCAUCAAUGGAACACUAGCAUCAUCCACCAUGACUUGGUUCAAUGACAGCCCUCUGACAGAACAAAACUGCAACAUCCUUGCAUUCAGCCAACCCCCCCAGUCUGCAGAAGCACUUGCUGAAAUGUACCAGCCUCGGUCUCUGGUUGACAAAGCCAAGUUCAACGCAGGUUGGCUGGACUCCUCUCGUUCCCUUAUGGAACAAGGCAUCAAGGAAGAUGAGCAGCUGCUGUUACGAUUUAAAUACUACAGCUUCUUUGACUUGAAUCCCAAAUAUGAUGCGGUCCGAAUAAAUCAACUCUAUGAACAAGCCAGGUGGGCCAUUCUCUUAGAAGAAAUUGACUGCACAGAAGAAGAAAUGUUGAUUUUUGCAGCACUGCAGUAUCACAUUAGCAAACUGUCGUUGUCAGCUGAAACACAGGAUUUUACAAAAGAGACUGAGGUUGAUGAAGUAGAAGCAGCACUUUCUAAUUUGGAAGUGACCCUGGAAUGUGGAAAAGCCGAUAACACCUUGGAGGACAUUACUGAUAUCCCUACACUUGCAGAUAAUCUCAAAUUAUUUAGGCCCAAGAAGCUAGCAUUAAAAUCUUUCAAACAAUACUGGUUCGUCUUUAAAGAUACAUCUAUAACCUACUUUAAAAAUAAGGAACUUGAACAAGGAGAACCAGUAGACAAACUAAAUCUUAGAGGCUGUGAAGUUGUGCCAGAUGUAAAUGUAUCAGGGAGAAAAUUUGGAAUCAAAUUACUAAUCCCUGUUGCCGAUGGAAUGAAUGAAGUGCAUCUGAGAUGUGACCAUGAGAAUCAAUAUGCCCAGUGGAUGGCUGCCUGCAUCCUGGCAUCGAAGGGCAAAACCAUGGCAGACAGCUCCUACCAGCCAGAGGUCGUCAACAUCCUCUCAUUUCUAAAAAUGAAAAACCGCAGCUCAACAUGUCAGGUAGCCUCCAGUCUCGAAAACCUGGACAUGAACCCAGAAAGUUUUGUGUCACCUCGGUGUGCAAAAAAAUACAAGUCUAAACAGCUGGCAACCCGGAUUCUGGAAGCCCACCAGAAUGUGGUCGAUAUGCCCCUGGUGGAAGCUAAGCUGCGGUUCAUCCAGGCAUGGCAGUCUCUACCUGAAUUCGGCCUCACCUACUACCUUGUCAGAUUUAGAGGAAGCAAGAAAGAUGACAUUCUGGGAGUUUCAUAUAACAGGUUGAUAAGAAUCGACAUAGCCACUGGGAUUCCAGUUACAACAUGGAGAUUCGCAAACAUGAAACAGUGGAAUGUAAAUUGGGAAAUCGGGCAGGUGGCCAUCGAGUUUGACCAGAAUGUCUCCAUUGCGUUCACCUGCCUGAGUGCAGACUGCAAGGUCGUGCAUGAAUACAUUGGUGGCUACAUUUUCUUGUCCACCCGCUCCAAGGGCCAGAAUGAAACGCUGGAUGAGGAGCUCUUCCACAAGUUGACUGGUGGCCAGGAAUGAAGCAAAGCAGGCCUGCUGGGCCUACACGGAGUGCGAGUCGAAGGCAGUGGCUGGCAAUGCAGCAUUUAGAUUCCAAACUGGCAGACAACUGUAUUCACCAGUUCCCCAGGAUCCUUCCCUCAUUUCAAACUUGCUGCCUGGCAUAUCCCUUUCCUUACUUUGGCCUGCGCUGCCAGUGGUGGAAGGGGCCUCAGUUGCCUUUUCUGUAAAAUGGGUGGGCAGAGGAAGGAGUAUGCGUUAAGAUUGCUGUGGGGCCUAGCAGACAGCCAGCAACUGCGACUUGCAGGACCGACCAAGUGUCUGGCCGGAAGUCAUCUGUGUGCUUAUCAGCUUCCUUCCUGUCCGUGGAGAGGCUAGACAGGUCAGAAGCACACAUAGCAAGGAUAGAUCUUACUCCACAAUCUCAGGUAUGAAAAGAAAUCUGUUUUUCUUAACAGAAUUGCUUUUUAGCACCCAUCCUAUGAAAAGGGUAGAGGAAUCUUCACACACAUUUUUUUUAUGUAGAGGUUGCCGUCUGGGGGUUAGAGUAGGGAGAGGAUGGUAACCUAGGACCUGUUGAUGACAAGGGGUCAGAGCUUGGGCCCUCAGUGUCAUGAGUGGCAUGUGCUGCUGCUGUGACCAUUGAUUGACCCAUCUGGUCUUGGGGGUUGGUGCCCUGUGGUUACUGCUGCCACCCUCACAUCUGUCCCAUUCCUGGGGAUCCUUCAGUACCUUUAUAUCUUCCUUGAAAGCAUGAGUACAGGGAAAUUCAUUCCUUGACUCAGCUCCAUGUCUCAACUGCUUUUACUUUGGGGUUAGACUCAGGGAUGAGCACAGUUCUCUCUGUUCAUAAAAACUACCUCCCAGGAUCAAGGCUUCCAGUGAGGUCUCCACCCCAACUGUGCAGGGAGAGAAGCACGGGAUAUAGAGCAAAUCUAUUUUCAAAGGCCACCAAGUUCAAGGGAUGAAGGCUUCCCCACUGGUGUCUAGCUAUGGCUUAUUUGGGGGAGGUAGGAAAAACUUGCUCUUAUCCCUAAUAUGUAUUUUCCCAGAUUUGGUGUCUGUUUACAUGACUCCUGGCCUCUCCUCUAAAGGCCUUUGGUUUUGUAAGUCAAAAGCCAAUAUUAGGUUUUUUCUUCUGCUUUUUGCUUUUUGCCUUGAGGCAUGAGUGUGGGCCAAUGAAUAGCUGACUCAGCUGUCAUUUUCUGUUUGGGUUUAUCAGCAUAAGAAGAGUGGGUUUUGAGAAGGUAAAAAGCAAUACUAGGGUAGAGGGAAAUAUCAGAUUGUAUUUCAUUAUGUUUUUAUAAAUGUGCUGUCGUUCAAAGGAUAUCCUUUGUGUUGCAAGGAUAAGGCAGAGGCUGUUUCCAUUUUGAUGUUCUUUUAGGAAGCAAACUGUAGGGACUUGAGUGGACCACAGAUGCCUACAAAUAUCAGCUGUUGCUUUAUUUUUCCAACAAAGCCAUUUGGGAAGGGCGAUUUCCACAAUUCCAGGGGAUAUGUGGAGAUAGCCUUGCCUGGGGACCCACUAGACCCCAAACCAGAAGUUGUUGCUAGAAAUUCUUCCUUUAGUCUCUGCUUAGAGGUGAAUCUUGAUGAACACCCCCAGGCACCAGCUAAACUUCUGAGGCCUCACUCAAAGCACAAAAGUGCCUUAGAUACUUGGGAAAUCUGAUCCUAGUCAAAAAGUACUUAGUUUGAAAGGUUUUCUAUAGAAACUAGUACUAAGUGUACUGCGUUAAACUUGGUGUUGGUCAUUUCUGUAUAAUCGUGGGCUCUGUUAUUUUACAACCUAGUAAAUCAGGCCCUACAUGAAAAUAGUACUCCUUAAUGUCACAUUUUACCUGUCCAUGACCGAGUGCAACUCUGCAGAAUUUUCCAAAGCUCAGUUCCUCAUCCUUAGCUUUUCAUAGUUGUCAGAUAUUUCCAUGAAAAUAUUCCAAGGAGCCGGCUGGUUUUAACCAGAUUUUCAAUGGAGCAUUUCUUCUAUAACUAUACAGCCACUUCCCAAGAGAAUAAGCAAAUGCACCAUGUCGCUUUAAUGCUGUUAUUCCAGAAAGCAACUUAAGGACUUUUGCUUUGGGUGCAAAAGGUCAUCUGACUACUAUAAUGAAAUUUUAAAUUACUAAGUGCCAUUUGCUUUCUUAGCUAUGCUA